CCUCGGCAGCCACGGCAGGAACACCUCCUUCUUCUACGUCCGUUUCCUCGACUUUUUUUCCCCCGGCGUCUUCGUCAUGAACAAGAUUCUUGUCUUCGCGCUGGUGGGCGUGGUCUCGAUGGGCGUGGCCUCCGCCCUGCCCCGCCUCGUGAAGCGAGACUCCACCCCCUUCGCCUACGAGCUCCCGUCCAACGCCUCGCGAAUCGUCGGGAACAUCAACACGGGCUUCGACUGCUCCAACCUGGGCUACGGCUACUACGCUGACCAGGCCAACGGCUGCGCCAUCUUCCACAUCUGCCACCCUUACCAGGACCCCGAAGGAAACUUCUUCACGAGGAUGUUCUCCUUCAUCUGCGGUGAAGGAACCAUCUUCGACCAGUCCACCCUCACCUGCAACUUCCCCGAGUACGCCCUGCCUUGCGAAGCCGCCGCUACCUACUACAGCAUCAACGACUACUUCGGCAGAGAGGAUGUUCAGUUCCGCGACGGUUCUGUUAACGGUAUAUUCUAAAGGAGAUUAAGCUACCCUCUCCUUUACUCUAUUUCUCCACGUGAGGAAAUAUGUAUAAGCCAGAGGUGUGUGUGUGUGAACGAUACCUGGUAGAUUUUUCUUUCUCUUUUUUCUUGUUUUCACUUAAAAAAAAAAAUGUUCAGGAAGUGUAGGAAGAGGAAGAGAAGGAGGAGAAGAAGAAGAAGGAGGAGGAGUGUGUAUUUUUUUCUCGUUUUUCUUCCUUUUUCACUUGAAAAAAAAAAAAAAAUGUUUUCAUCUUUUCCACGAAAAAAGGUGAAAACAAUGGUUUCAGAUCGUCAUGCUUGGGAAUGGUUUAAAUGGUUAUUAUUAUCAUUUCUUUUCCUUUUCUUCCUUCCACUACCUUUACACAGCGCCGCUUCUCGAAUUGUAAAUAUUAUGAUUAUGUGUAAUAAA